ACAAACACAGAGCAAAGAACUGAGGAACACUAAGGGUUUAAAUACAUUCAAGGGAAAUGAGGGUCAAAAAAGCACAAAUGGGGGCAUCUAGUGACCAAAACCUGAACAAUCCUGGCCAAAUCCUGACUCUCUCUCUCUCUCGCUCUCUCUCCCUCUCUCCUCCAGCUUCUCUCUCUCCUCCAGCCUCUCUCUCUCCUCCAGCCUCUCUCUCUCCUCCAGCCUCUCUGAGUGUCAGUCCUGACAGAUCUCAGUUCUUUGAAUUUGAGUCUGUCUCUCUGAGCUGUGAGGUUCAGGGGAACUCGACUGGAUGGAGAGUGAUGAGGAACGCAGAGAGAGGAAACCUUUCAGAGUGUAGUACUGACUGGGGAAAACAUCAAGGGUCUUCAUGCAUCGUGUCACUAAUACCAUCAUCCAGUGGAGUGUACUGGUGUGAGUCUGGGUCUGGAGAACACAGCAAUGCUGUCAACAUCACAGUACAUGCUGGAGAUGUGAUCCUGGAGAGCCCUGCCCUUCCUGUGUCUGAGGGAGAUUCUGUGACUCUGCGCUGCAGAUAUAAGGUAACUCCCUCUGACCUCACAGCUGUUUUCUACAAAGAUGGAUCCCUCAUCAGGGCUGAGUCUUCAGGAGAGAUAACCAUCCCUGCAUUAUCCAAGUCAGAUGAAGGACUCUACAAGUGUUCCAGCUCGAAAGGAGAAUCACCAGAGAGCUGGAUGACAGUAACAGGGGCUCAACCUCAUCCCCCCUCUCCCACCCCUCUCCUCUCCUCCCCGCUCCUCCUCCCUCUGUCUGUCUCUGGGUUGGUGGCUGCUCUCUCCAUCUCUCUGAUCAUUCUACUGGUCCUGUUCUGCAAGAGGAACAAAGAUGUAGCAGCUGAACCCAGAGAUGUUACGUAUGCUGACGUCAGAAUCAUACAGGACCCAGAACACAGGAGAAGGAGAGAGAAGUCUCCAGGAGCUGAUCCAGUCUACUCUGCAGUGAAGACCUCCAACACCAAAGUUCCAGGUGGAUCCGGUCCAGGUGAUGUGACCUAUGCUGACAUCAACCACACAGAGAAGAGACAACACAACAGGAGGAGAGAGAAGGUCGUUCCAGACCCUGUCUACUCAGCGGUGAAGACAGAUAGACAGAGAUACAGGUCAGAAGGUCGUUCCAGACCCUGUCUACUCAGCGGUGAAGACAGAUAGACAGAGAUACAGGUCAGAAGGUCGUUCCAGACCCUGUCUACUCAGCGGUGAAGACAGAUAGACAGAGAUACAGGUCAGAAGGUCGUUCCAGACCCUGUCUACUCAGCGGUGAAUACAGAUAGACAGAGAUACAGGUAGAGCUGUAUCUGGAUCCUGGGAUGUAACGUACAGACUGAGUGUUAUGCCCAGCAGGAGAACUACAGAAGGAGGUGGCACACGAGAUUCAACCAGGAGACUGGAUCUGGGUCCAAUCACUAAAGAAAAAAAACUGGAAGCAGCCUCGGUGGGAGGGACCAUUCCAAGUACUACUGGUGACUGCCUUCGCCUUCGCCGAAAGAGCUACCUGGGUACAUAUCACACAUUGUAAGAGGGUAAGUCACACUAGCACUGUCGGACUAGCACUGUCGGACAAUCACAGGAAUAGGAGAGGAACCGUGACCCAUAUGGAACGGGGGUCAAACUCCUUCUGAAGAUUCCCUAUACCCGACCUUUCCCCAGCUGUGAGCGUUCAUAGAAGUGAAGUGAUGGCUUGGCCUCUGGCUGUUGAUAUGUUCUCGGGGAGAGGGUGGGGCUUCACGUGCGCACUGACCGUCCUGAGCUGUUUUAUUGUGGGGGCCAUAUUCCUGAUUCACCAUGAUCCCCGGAGAGUGCCAAAGAGGAUAAUUUGACUCAUGUGCUAGAUGAGGGAAAUGGGAUGUUACCUAAGAUUCUCAAAAGGUCACUGAAACAAAAUAGUAAGGAAGUGAGGGUGGAAUUGGGCAAGGAUCUCUCAGUAUAAUUUUGUGUAGACCAAUUGGGGUCAUUCACCCCUUGGCAGUCUAGAACCAUGGGACUCUAUGGGAAGUAUUUGUGUAAAUCACCGUGUAAGUCGUGGAGCCAGGUCAAAGCUCACACUGAAAGGGAUGGCUACGUAAACCCAUACACUCAAUUUGGGACCAGGUGGAGUAUAGUAAGGGUUGGCGUUUUGGACUGUGUUCCCGAACAGAGGAAGUAUUGUAUAAAGGUGUGAAUUAACAUUAAGGCGGUCAAUACUCAGGAUCUCGGGUUAUGGUAUGUGGGCUUCGACCAGUUUUCAACUGAUACUAUGGUACCGUUCCAGGUGGCAGAAGUUAGAGUCGAUAAGGAGAAUAUGAUUGGCCGAAGUUCAACCAAUCCCUCUAACACAACGGCUAUUCCUAGUGUAAUCAUCCAGGGUAAAGGACCAGUACGAAUAGUUCAGACCAAAGACCUUAAAGACGUUAUAGAGGUGGAGACUGGGUUUGGGGAGUCCAACUUAUGGUUGGAAUGGAUUCAAUAUACGGCCAGAUCAGUGGCUAAAGAAGAAUGUUAUGCCUGUGCGAACGCUAAACCCCAGUUAACAACUAUCCCUUUCCCACUGAACGGAAUUAAUUCCCCUAAGGGAAUGGCAUGUAUGGUAAAGCUGUUCAUGAAAGCAGGAAUGCCAAAUAAUGACAGUUGUAUUGAUUUGUACUAUUUAUAUCCCCAGGUUCCACUUAAAUCAAGACUUCCUCCCUUUACCGUGACAAGAUGAGAAUAUUACUGUUUGGCCAGAUACAGUACACACGGGAAUACGUGGGGGAAGUUAGUACUUGCAAUAAGACAGAGAAUAUUACCACUGACGAGACCAUGUCUGAUUUGACAGGCUGGUUGAACUCUGGGGAUUUCAAAAUGUUGAAGUGGGCCAGGGCUGACAUCUGGUGGUUGUGCGGGGGAAUGAAUUUGUGGCCAGUAUUGCCGACUGAUUGGACUGGACUAUGUGCUUUAGUACAUUUAGGAAUGCCUUUUACACUCAUAAAACACCAAGACAUGAAGUUAGCCAAACGAGAGAGAAGAGAUGCUCCAUCUGGGUCUUUUGACGACAGAGUAUAUAUUGAUAACAUUGGGGUUCCACGAGGGGUGCCGGAUGAGUUCAAGGCAAGAAAUCAGAUACUAGCAGGAUUAGAGUCAAGUAUUUUCUGGUGGUCUACUCUCAAUAAGAAUGUAGACUGGAUUAAUUAUAUUUAUUAUAAUCAACAGCGCUUUAUCAAUUAUUCCAGAGAUGCGAUUAAAGGGUUGGCAGAACAGACUGAAGCAACCAGCCUGAUGGCUUGGCAGAAUAGAAUUGCAUUGGAUAUGUUAUUGGCUGAAAAGGGAGGAGUAUGUGUGAUCUUCGGGAACAUGUGUUGUACUUUCAUCCCGAAUAACACAGCUCCGGACGGAUCUGUGACCAAAGCCUUAGCUGGUUUGACCACCCUGGCUCACGAGUUGGCAGAAAACUCUGGGGUGGAUACUUCCCUGACUAAUUGGUUUGAUAGUACAUUUGGAAAAUGGAAAAGUGUUGUAAUCACGGUGUUUUGGGCUGUAUCCACCUGCAUGACUGUUUUAAUUUUAUGCGGCUGCUGUCUAAUUCCCUGUGUGCGAGGCCUUGUUUCCAGGACUCUGGAGAGAUCAAUGACACUACAGAUGGUGCGUUAUGGGCCGAUUCCAGGUUCUGACCUGUGGAGGAUUGAAGGCAUGUCUACAGAGGAAGUGGAUGAAUCUGGAUCUGUCAUUUGUGGGGAAUUUAUGUUUGAUGAGGAUAGUGUUGAGAUGAAGGGGAAUUAGAUUGUAAUUUGUUUCCAUGAUUAAACUGUUUUUUUAAUGAAGGUCGUGACGAAAAUCCGGAAGGAAGAGUUAUGAUUCUGAUGUAGGUUUAAAAACAGUUGGAGUUAAGGUUAUAUUUGAUUAAUGAAAUGUGAAGAGUUGGAUAAACAUUUAUAAUUGAUUUGUUGAUUAUGUAUCUAUUCAUAUGAUAAUCUGAUAAACCUCUAUAAAAAGGUUAGUUAAGUUUGUUUAUACUUUCAUUUUUUAUGAUGAAAUAAAACUAGAUGUAGAAUUGAAUGUAUAAUAUUUGAUCAAAGGGAGGAUUGUUAGAGGAAAUUAUAGUUUAGAUGAUUAAUUAUGUAUACAUUAUUGAUUAGAACCAUUUAUUCUAAUACUAUUAUGUUAUGGUAUGAAAAGUAUGAGUUUUUGGUUGAGCUGUUACUGAAAAUGUAAGCAGAACGAAUUAAUUGUCUGUGCCUCCUGGGUAUUUUAAGGAGGAGGGAUAAGAUAGUUUUUCAAACAGAUAAGAAUGUUUUGAUUGGAUUCCAUUAGUGGAGAGAAGUAUAUCUUUUAGACAGGUUGGAAUGUAGUUUAUGAGGGGAGUAAAAAAAUCUCUAGGACUGAAUACUACGCCAUUGUAAGGCUGGGAGAGGGUGUGAAACUGAUGACGUCAUUUUAUGUUCUCUUUCUUUAAAAUGUAAUGUUCUUUGUAUUUUGGGUUAGUACUCUCUUGUAAUAAAUGCUGUUACUUUUGGCUUUUAA